AUGUUCCAGGCCGGCGGAAAACCGUUUGCGAUUCCCAUGCUAGAUCGCUGGAUUAUUUUUGUUUCCAACACAGAGACCCUCAAGCAGCUCGACCGUGAACCCGAGCAUGUUCUAUCACUACAGCAAGCUCUGCAUGAGAGCGAAGUCUCUCGUGUUGUGGUUGGCGUGUUGAAGAACAAGCUCCGUUCAAAUAUUCCUUUGAUGAGUGAUACCCUUCGAGAACGAGUUAGGAAAUCAAUGGCUCUGGAGAUGUCUCCGCCAGCAAACGAGGCUUGCGAGAAGAAUGAAUGGAGACAAGUUAGGCUUAUGCCAGUACUCCUUCGCAUCUUUACCAGUGUAAAUCUUCUUCCUCUGGUUGGUGAAGAACAAGUGAAGCUGACAGAGGACAAAGCCAACCGCCCUGAAGUGUACGACGAUGUGAUGAACUUUUUCUGGAGCUGUGCCCGGGCUUUUCCCAUCGUAGAUAUGAUGCCCAGUUUCCUCACACCGUUCGUUAUCACCCCCCUGAACUACAUCGAAAUAUAA